CAGUGCAGUCCCUGCAGCCCCUGGAAGGCAGGAGUGCCACGCACAUCCAGCUUUCUGCCUGUCCAGUUCCUCUGAGGCCCAGCCAGAGCUCUUUCUUCUUCAGGUCAGAGGUCAUCUGGUCCAGCCUCCCUGCAAACAGCCAGAUCCUCUGGCCCCUGCUCAAACUCUCCUGUCACUUGUUUUCUGAGGUGUCCACCCAUGUUCUAGUGCUCAGUGACUUUCCCUAGGUGCAUCCACACUGGUUCCUAGUAGUCACUUCUUUAUUUUGCAAAUAGUCACUUACCAUUUGUUUAGGAGUCAUUUCCAGAAUGUUGUAAGGUACUGUGGGUCCUCAGGCAACAGGCACGCCAGGAAGAGGCAUGAAUAGUGAGGACCGCCCCCCCACACACACACACUCUGACAUGUGGAUUUCUCCCUGGACAAUGGCAGCUACCAUUCAGGCAAUGGAGAGGAAGAUCGAAUCGCAGGCUGCCCGCUUGCUCUCCCUAGAAGGUCGAACAGGGAUGGCUGAGAAGAAGCUGGCCGACUGUGAGAAGACGACCUUGGAGUUCGGGAACCAGCUGGAGGGCAAGUGGGCCGUGCUGGGGACCCUGCUGCAGGAGUACGGGCUGCUGCAGAGGCGGCUGGAGAACAUGGAGAACCUGCUGAGGAACAGGAACUUCUGGGUCCUGCGGCUGCCCCCGGGCAGCAAGGGAGAGGCCCCCAAGGAGUGGGGCAAGCUGGAUGAAUGGCAAAAGGAGCUGUACAAGCACGUGAGGAGGGGCAACUACGAGACACUGGUCUCCCUGGACUACGCCAUCUCCAAGCCCGAGGUCCUCUCCCAGACUGAGCCAGGGAAGGAGCCGUGUGGCUGGCGCCGCACAGCCCCCAAGGUUCCAGAUGUUCCUGUGGACCCGAGUCCAGGCUCGGGAGCGCCGGUUCCUGCCCCUGACCUCUUAAUGCAGAUCAAGCAGGAGGGCGAGCUCCAGCUCCAGGAGCAGCAGGCUUUGGGGGUAGAAGCGUGGGCAGCUGGACAGCCAGAUAUCGGGGAGGAGCCAUGGGGCCUCAGCCAGCUGGAUUCCGGAGCAGGAGACGUCUCUACAGAUGCUGCUUCUGGCGUCCACUCCAACUUCUCAACCACUAUCCCACCUACUUCCUGGCAGGCAGAUCUCCCUCCCCACCACCCCUCCUCCGCAUGUUCAGACGGGACCCUGAAGCUCAACACGGCAGCCUCCACAGAAGCAGAUGUAAAAAUUGUGAUAAAAACUGAAGUCCAGGAAGAGGAGGUGGUGGCCACACCAGUGCACCCUACUGACCUAGAGGCCCACGGGACCCUAUUUGGACCAGGCCAAGCCACAAGGUUUUUCCCUAGUCCUGUCCAGGAAGGCGCCUGGGAGAGCCAGGGCAGCUCCUUCCCCAGCCAGGACCCUGUGCUCGGGCUCAGAGAGCCCGCCCGGCCUGAACGGGACCUGGGAGACCCCAGCCCCACGGUGGCCCAGGACGAGACCCCACCAGGGGACUGGCUCCUUGGGGGAGUCCGGUGGGGCUGGAAUUUCAGGUGUAAACCUCCUGUGGGUCUGAACCCGAGGACUGGGCCUGAGGGGCUGCCCUAUUCCUCCCCUGACAACGGAGAGGCUGUGCUGGACCCAGGCCAGGCCCCGAGAUCCUUCAGUGACCCCUGUAAAUACCCUGGCCGGACCAAAGGCUUUGGCCACAAGCCUGGCCUCAAGAAGCACCCUGCCGCGUCUCCCGGGGGACGGCCCUUCACCUGCGCCACGUGUGGGAAGAGCUUCCAGCUACAGGUGAGCCUGAGCGCACACCAGCGCAGCUGCGGGCAGUUGCCCGAUGGGGCGGCUGGGGCGGCAGGGGCUGCACGCGAUGGAAGCGCCCUGCGGUGCGGGGAGUGCGGGCGCUGCUUCACGCGGCCAGCCCACCUGAUCCGGCACCGCAUGCUGCACACGGGUGAGCGGCCCUUCCCCUGCACGGAGUGCGAGAAGCGCUUCACUGAGCGCUCCAAGCUCAUCGACCACUACCGAACCCACACGGGUGUGCGGCCCUUCACCUGCACCGUCUGCGGCAAGAGCUUCAUCCGCAAGGACCACCUCCGUAAGCACCAGCGCAACCACACGGCGGGGGCCAAGGGCCCGGCCCGGGGCCAGCCGCUGCCUCCCCUCCCAGCCGCUCCCCCGGACCCCUUCAAGAGCCCUGCCUCCAAAGGACCCUUAGCCUCCACAGACCUUGUGACUGACUGGACUUGUGGCCUGAGUGUCCUGGGACCCACCGAGGGUGGGGACCUGUGAGGCACCCAGGAUGGCCAGAGUUGUCUCAGCCUCUGACCCUUGAGGGCCAUGAGUGUAAAAAGUCCCGUUUCCAGAUGUCCUGGGGUGGCGGCCAGCGCAGAGGCGGGAGUGGAGACUGGGAGACCAAACCCCCAAGUUGCUGAACUGAUCACUGGAAGAAGAGAAACUGUCAAACAAAUACAGCUUCCACCUCUGAACAAAGUAGAACUCUCUGAUUGUGAAACAGCACCAUAGAAUUUUAAGUAACUUAAUUACAAAACUCUUUUUUAAUUCUUGAAGAAGCUGAAAAAUAGUCGUAGUACCAGUUUAAACUUUCUAGCAUAUUUUUGGUUUCCGGAGCGUGUUUAUGUGGGCUAUGUCCUUACCAAGUCUGACGUGAAGGUCGGCGGGGCUGGGGACACAGUGAGGAGGGACACGGACCAGACCUCCCCUGGCCCCACUGACUCCUAGGGAAGAGAUGGUCUUAGCAAAAAGUCCUGGGGAAUUGAGACCCUGCUCUGCCCAGGCCUGGGCUAGGCUCCAAGCCUCCUGGGACCUGAGACCAGCUGGGUGCUGUGGAACUGCAGCCUCAUCUCAGCAGGGAGAAGGACUCAUCCCCAGAGCAGCCAGCUUGCCUCUCCACCUGAUAAGGCCCCCCAACAGUGCGGGCCCUACUGUGUGUUUCCCUGUUAGGGGCCACUGGCCAUCCCUAUCAGACUCCUGGGCUGACAACCCACCUGGAGCUGCUUUUCCACUCCAGCAAAAUGCUUCUGUGUCCUUUGUGUAGUGUUUUUUCAUUGUCAAAAUUCUUUCACAUCAUAUCUCAUUUGUUACUGUGACUUUGUGAAACACGCAAGGCAAGUCUUGUUAGAGAUGAGAAAUAAAUUAACUCAAAGGGGAUAUAUCCCACUAAGCCUUGCACCAUGGGGGCCAGUGGGGGGCAGCAGUUGGGAAAAGCCUCAGGUUAGACAUGGCUUAUCCUCCAGAAGUUCAGUUUGGGGAAGGAAAACUGUUUUUGCCCUCUCAGAAGAUUUGUUCCACAUGUGCAUGAGCAAAAUCGUCAAGCCUCAGGCUUUAGCGGAGCCCAGGCCCCCCCGGUGUGUGCACACCCAGCAAGGUCUGAGAGGCUGGGUAUGGACGAUGCUCCUCUGCUGACAUCCUAACAGUGGUGGACAUCGGCCCAGGUUUCUUAAUUUUACCACAGUGCUGUCCCCAAGUAAUCAUUCCUGUUUUUUUGAAGCCGCCUCUGGAUCCCUUAUCCCCCCCCACAGAGGAGAGACCAGGGCUGCUAUUCACUCGGCUCCCCCAUGUGUACUUUUGUUAGGCAAUAGACUAGUUAAGAAAAUUGUUUCUCUGUACUGUAUAUUUUGUACCUGUUUACACCUUUAAUUGAUAUAACUGAUAUUUUGAAAAACACAUGAAGAGGAAAUGCCCUGUUAAAAUAAAACCUAACCAGCACUGAG